AUUAAGAUUAAGAUAACUAGACCCACAGCAAAGCGGUAAGUAAACACUAAACACAGCAAGGCCUCGGUCUCUCUCUCUCUCUCUCUCUCUGUUAGUCGUAACUUUUUACCGCUUCUCCUGUUUCCGUCUCAUCUGUAUUUCUCUUUCUCUCUGUUUCGUUCAUGCACAAGUUCAACCGUUCCUAGGCUGCGUUGCUUCAUUUGAUGGAGCCGCCGUCGCCGUCACCUUCACCGCCAAGGCCGUCAACACAGACGCCGGCGGCGGUGCUACGCGAGGACUGUUGGAGCGAGGACGCGACCCACACACUGAUCGAGGCGUGGGGUGACCGUUACUUGGACCUCAACCGCGGCAACCUCCGCCAACGCCACUGGCAGGAAGUCGCCGCCGCCGUCAACGCCCGUCACGCCACCUCCGCCUCCUCCAAGUCCUUCCGCUCCGAUAUCCAGUGUAAAAACCGCAUCGACACCCUCAAAAAGAAGUACAAGAUCGAAAAAGCCAAAGCCACCGACUUUAACUCCACCACCACCGCUGCCUCCGCCGCCUACGUCAGCGCCUGGCCUUUCUUUGCCUCUCUCGACUCCCUCCUCGGCUCCUCCUUCCCCAAACCCUCCACCGCCGUCCCCCGCCGCAGCACUCCUCCGUGGAACCUCUCGACUCCGAUACCCGUCGGCCCCCGCACUCAUAAACGUCCGGCACCAUCGCCGGCCAUAGAUUCCUUCUUCCGGCGAAACUUCACGGCGGCGGCGGCGGAGGAAGACGGCGACGGGUCUGACAGCUCGAGCAAAGAAGAGAAAGAGCUAGAAAAAAUAGGGUACAGGGAAUUGGCGCAGGCGAUAGAGAGGUUUGGAGAGAUAUACGAGAGAGUAGAAGGUGCUAAGCAGAAGCAGAUGAUGGAGUUGGAGAAACAGAGGAUGCAAUUCACUAAGGAUUUGGAGUGUCACAGAAUGCAACUCUUGUUGGAAACACAAGUUCAGCUUCAGAAGAUUAAGCGUGCCAGGCGCCAAUGUCAAAAUGGUUACUCAUAGCCCGCCAUGUUACAGAAUGCCUUUCAAAGUGUUGGCUGUUUCUGUUGGAGAGGAUUAGGUAGAUAAUAGAAUUAAAUCUGCAGACGUACCAACCACCUUAUAAUGGGAAAUGGAUUGGCCUAAGGUGCUUGGAAGUAAAGGUCAAACAAAAUUUUGCGAAGUUAUUUUAUAUCUUUUUCACCUUUGGAGAACUACACAAAGUGUGAGCACACAUAAUAUUGUAGACCGCUCAAGAAAUUUUGAUUACAAUAUUAUCUUUGUCCCA